CCAAAAGUAAAACAUUUGUUGAAAACUUAAAAUAAUUUUUUUUCUUGUUUUACAGACAAAAAAUUAUAAAGCUCUUGCAUUAGCAAAUUUUACAAAAUGUCCAAACUUUUCUUGUUUUUGACCGCUGUCCUAAUUUUCUUCAAUCUUACUUCUGACGUUGAGGGCUGUACUUGGUGUUCGGGUGGGACUCGGAUCCCUUCAGGGAACAGACCAACUAAAAAUGGGUGUGGAUCCGGAUGGGAAAGCCAAGUUCUGAACCGACUAGUGACUCCUAGAACGAUCGCGUGUUGCAAUUCGCACGAUUUCUGUUACAACGAUUGCUCAAAAACGAAAGCCAUUUGUGACAAUGAGUUCUCAAAUUGCCUCAAGAACAUUUGUGACAAUUAUAGGAGCGAAGGAAUAUGCAUAAGAGGAAUCAUGAACUUUUUUGUGGACAAGUUGGGUUGCUCGAAGUAUCAAGGUGCUCAAGCAGAAGGGUGCAGAUGUCAGGCUCGGACGGGAAAAUAAGUUUAAGACAAAAGAUCACCGGGUUGCUAGGACAAAAAAAUAAACAAUGGAAUUCAUAUUAAAUUGGAUAGCAUAAUAAAACCAAAAUAAUAAAUUAACGCCACAUUUAAGGCGGCAAGCAAUA